AUGAUAAACUUCCGCGUGCUGAAGCUGUUCCUGUAUGCCCUGGCCGCCUUGGGCGUUUAUCAUACAUGGGGCCGGACUAUUGCUGACGGCACCCUGACCCAUCUUCUCCAUGCCAUGCACUCCAAAGAUGGGUAUGUUCUGCCGGGAACAGACUCUUUCUUACGUACAUCAAUUACCGGAAUUUACUGGCCCGUCGAUUAUCUGCUCGACAUCCUCAUCGUCUUCUUCUGGGAGGCGGUGGAUGGAUCUCACCCGGCUACCUCUGCAAUAGGUAUCUAUUUUCUGUCUCAGUUCCUGAGCGUCUUGACUGGCAUGUAUGUCGAUAGUCUGCGGCAAGGCCAGCCCCGAGGCACUCCGUUCCGAACAAUGUUAUGGCUUCUCUCCUUUCAGAUGAUGGCGAUCGCAACUACUGGUCCCUAUUGGGCUCUUUGGUACAUUUCGGCGACUCCAUUAAUCAGCCAGUGUCGCUCCCUGGCAGAUCUACAGCAUGCUUCGAUGCCAUCAAGCCGGUCGGCACUGCUGGUCAUUCCUAGCAUGGCAAUCGGCUAUAUUCUCACUGCUGUGAGCAUGUGUCUGCCAUCACCAUCUGUGAUUUCCCAUGAUUCCAAGCAAUUGGCACUGGUUGCCUGGAACAUCUUCCCCAUCGGCGUGUUCUUGAUCCACGCGGGUCUCGAGGCCAUAGUGCCGAGAUCUCAGAGCCGUGAGCCAUGUGAGCAACGCCUCGUGACAAUUCGCAUUGUCAACAGUGUCUCCUUGUUCUUCAGCCUGGCUGUCCACUUGGGGUUGAUAAGUAUGAGCCUUACCACCGUGCUUUUCCCAGCUCUCUGGGCUCCGCACGCGCUCUUGGCUCUUCACCCGGCCUCCCUAGCAAUUCCCUCGGUGGCCAUCGUCCGGGGAGCGACGGUUGGCGAUGGCAUACGAAGCUUCUUUAUUUGGGAUCAGGUUUUCGGAUACGCGGUGGUGAUCCUGGUUGCAGUCUUGCAAUUGCAGACAGUCCUGACAGCGGUCGGCAGGAGACUGAACCAGAGACAGCUGCUGGCCAUCCUGGCCGGGGGGAUAAUUUUGGGCGGACCGGGAAGUACCUAUCUCGGACUGAAUUGGAUGCGGGAUGAAGUAGUUUUGGAUUCUGAACAGUGGUCAGACAGAGAGAAAGUGGCGAUGCCUGGUAGCCAAGCUGCGAAGAAAAUUACCUAG